AUGAAACUGAAUGGUGGUGAUAAAAAAUUGCUCGUCGAAGAAUCUCAUGGAAUGUUAUCGGAUGAAACGAUUGUGGAAAUAUUCGAACAACUUGCGCCUAGAGAAAGGGCUCGAUUCUCUGUUAUUAAUAAACGCUUGUAUAAUUUGUUACACCCAUGGAGUGAUAUUAAUCGUAUUACGGCACACAAAGUGGGCAUUGUUCUCUCUUCUGAUCGCUACAUAUUGGAAAUACAUAAUAAUAGUAGUACGGGAAAUACGGACGUUAAUAAACUAGCGAAAGCACUUCGCAGUUCUCCGUUUAUACAAAAGCUUGUGAUUAGUAGCACGGACCAUAUUCGCACAAUUCCUGCUACAUCGUUCGACUGUUUAUCAAACCUUCGAGAACUCACUCUACCUUGUGAUAUUUUUGAUAAAGAGUCGAAUUUACAUGAAAAAAUCGAAGCAAUAUUUUCAAUCAAGAGAUUACUGGUUUUACGUAUUUUAAAACGAUUUGAUACUCCACGCAAAGCAACAAAUGUAAUACGUGGGGAACACAUAGAAAAUUUGCAAGCAAAUGCUAUUAAAAUGUUAAAAUUACAGGGUGUGUCACUGACCGCAGUGGCAAUGGAAAAGAUUUCCGACAAAUACUCGAAUUCGUUAAAAUAUCUAUGUCUUAUGGGCACCUUGGUACAUACACCCGAUGGUGCCAUUUAUCUGAAAGCGUUGUGCAAUUUGAGGUGCUUGUGUAAACUGACGUUACCGCCAUCACUUCUAUCAUUGAGUAGUAAACCAUUGUAUCAAGAAUGUCGAAUGCUGCAACAACUCACUACCAAAUAUCUCUCCGUAUAUGUUUACGAAUCAGUUGAGACACGAUAUUUUAUGAAGAAAUUGCUACCGAUUACAUUUUAUGAAGUUUGCAUUGACCCUACCAUAUGCUAG